AUGGGCACAAUCACUGACCGCAAGGAGGAUGAGUACUUCAUGCAGCCACACAACCACCAGGCAUGUGAGAGCCAGUACCAGCAGCUGAAGGAGCGUGCACUCAAGUUGGGCCCAGUCUACGACACACUGCUCCGUGGAAUGGUGGCGCGUGUCUAUGAGCGCAUCUAUGGCCUGGCAUUGGAUGACAUUGAAGGCCUGGUGGAGGUGGACAACAUCGUCAACAUUAUCGAUUGUGUCUCCAUCGACUGUCGCAACGAAGGAGUCGAGUUCCUCUGGGACAUGGCAUUGUUUAUGUGGGGCGACUCUGGCAUCAUGUGGCAUGCUUGUCUUGGCGGUCUCCUUGUGACCAAUGAUCGUCUCGUUGGCGAUGACACUGCUGGCUAUGGAUAUGAGGACAGACCAUGGUUGGAGCAGAAGCGUUAA